AUGACUCCCACACCACAGGCACAUACUCAAAACGGCUCAUCGAAUACACUGUUGGGAAAUGUUGUGAGCACGACAACAUCCACGACCAUCUCACCAACAAGUCAGUCAGAUUUCACAUGUCUGGCUGUUCCUUCAAUACUGGCCCCAAUUCAGCAGAUACUGGAUAAAAAGUUGAUUGAGAUGUUGGAAAAGGGAGUGGCGCCAGAGUCAACUGUACUUACACACGGUUACGUUCACGGUCAUAUACACAAGCACAAGGAUCACACGCAUAUUCACGGACAUAUACACAACCACGACCACGACCAUCACUACCACCAACUACAAGAGUGUGUACCACACUCCACUGAUUUCAGAUCGCCCAAUUUACAGAGCGGAGCGGGAACACUGCUGUUUGACGGUUUUUGUCAGGAAUUUAGUAACGAGGCUACAUGCAACGAAGUAUUUUGCGAUGAUUUGGAUGAUUGUUUCUAUUUAACAUGUGAUGACAGCAAAAUUAUUGAUGAGGAAGGUUGCUGUGUUGGGGCUGGAGUGGAUGAGACGACAUGCUGCACAGAUGCAAACUGCGUACCACCCAUGGAAACACACAAAUGCUGUGAGCAAGCACCACCCAAUGUCCCUGUUCUCAAGAGCCAAAGAAGCUAUCAAAUACCAUGUUGCGAGCUAUUUGAAAAAGAGCACGUGUCGAAACUUGUGUGUUGUGAAGAUCCCCAAUGUAAGGAUAACAAAGUUUGCCAUCUGUCUCCCAACGAAGACCGUGACUGCCACAGAUCAAGUUGUCAUCAUUCACAGGGGACUUUACCAGAAUUAGAAAAGGACAAUCUUUGUGACUUGCAAACCGCCAAGCGACCACUAUUUGAAGACUUAAUCAGCAAUGUUCACCAAAACUUGACAUCGCAGGAAAAUCUUCUUAGCCAAGCUCUCUCAAACCCACCGGUUAAAAAAUCAAAGCGGAACCCUCUGAAUGAUUUCCAAAUACACUUCCCGCAUGAGUGUCAUCCUAAAGAUGCCAAAGAAUCGAGCUACCACCAUCACGUCCACCAGUCAUGUUUCCACACAACUAUUCCAAACGAUCCAACCUCUGUUUACGAAGAUGAAAAACUCAUGUCCGAUUUCGAUUUCAUUAUCAAAUUUAACAAUUUUCAUGAUAUGAUGACGAAAAAGGCCGGUCUCAAACAACUUUCAACACUGAAUGAUGCAGAAUCACUAUUGCAGUAUCCCUGCCAGUGGGAGCAUUGCAUUAAGAAAUUGAACAAUGACAAUUUUAUGAAUCACUUAGUUGGUGACCAUAUAAAACAGGAACAUGAUUUGGAGAAGGCGACGUCAUACCAAUGUGAAUGGAACAAUUGUAAUUACACCGAUGAAAAUCUCGAUGCCUUGCUAGAACAUUUGGAAACACACAAACAAUCUAAUCAGGAAGAGACAGAAUUCAGGACGAGCUCGCCAAGAGUGUUGACCCCCAUGUCAACCACAAGUGUGAAUGAAAAGUCGCCGCUAGCAGCCAAAUCCCCCACUAGCACCAAGCCGGAGUUGAAUAUAACGUCGAUGUCAAUUCUCCCCCAAAAGAAGAAAGGCAAUACUACCAAUAAACCAGCAUGUUGUGCACAAGGUCCCGAGUUCCGGUGUGAAUGGGAGGUUGGAGUUGAUGACUACGGUAAACCCAUACCUUGUAAUGCCACUCAUGAAUCCCAAUGCGACUUGCAGCACCACAUAAUCAACGACCAUAUAGGAUCGGGACAGUCAAAAUACACUUGCAAUUGGAUAGGGUGCGACAGGCACAAUGGUAAGAUAUUCAAGCAGCGACAAAAGCUUCUUCGUCACAUUCACGUGCACACAAACUACAAACCUUGUAAAUGCUCAAUUUGCGGAGCUUCAUUUGCUGUGCAGUCAAUGCUUGAUCAACAUUUACGUGUUCAUUCUGGCGAGAAGCCUUUCCAAUGUAGCACAUGUGGCAAGAGAUUUGCCACGAGUAGCUCAUUAUCAAUUCAUAAUCGUGUACAUACAGGGGAGAAACCGCUCAAAUGCAAAUGGCCAGGUUGCAAUAAGAGCUUUAGCGAGAGUUCAAACUUGACAAAACAUAUCAAGACUCAUGAGAGGGAAUUGGUUUGCGUUGAAUGUGGAAGUGCUUUCUCCAAGAAAACAGAUCUCGAGGAGCACAUCCGGUCGCACAAGGAAGUGGACAAUGGGAAUCUCGAGAUGAGCAGAGGCGAUUUAAGGGCGAGUGCCGAAGUUGCUAUAUAG